AUGAAAUCGGAAUUAUUAAAAGCACAGAUUGUUGAUCAGCAUAGUACAAAUUCAAAUCACCUGUUACAAGGAUAUGAUAAUUUAUGCUCUAGUGUGCCAGGGUUAACAUCAAGUGGAUAUUUAGAAGCAAUGAUAAAAUAUGUUAAAUACUGUGUUGGCGGUGAUCAUACGGAAGAAAUGUUACAAAUUCUGACUAUUGAAUUAACUGAAUUAAAUUCUCAUAAUCUACUUAGUCAAAGUGAAUUGAUUAUAUUAAUUUGUAUAUAUACACUUAUGAUAUUAUUUGGUUCAUGCGGUUCAUUAUUUGUUGUUUAUAUUGUGAUCAGAAAGCCUAAAAUGCGUACACCACGUAAUCUGUUUAUUGUCAAUUUAGCUAUAAGUGAUUUAAUCCUAUGCUUAUUUACACAACCCUUCAAUUUAUUACGCAUAUUAUACUGGCAUUUUGAUUGGAAAUUAGGACAGAUUAUGUGUAAAGCAGUAGCUGUGGGACAAGCGACAAAUAUAUUUGUUUCUACAAUCAGUAUUAUAGCUAUUGCUUUAGAUCGCUUACAAGUGAUCGUUUAUCCGACGAAGAAGACUGUUCAGAAUACUGGUGCAAGUUUUAUUAUAGUCGCUAGCUGGUUGUUUGCACUUUUUAUGGCCAGCCCAAUGUUCAUCUUCACAUCUGUUAGCGUUGAUACUAUUCGGCCUAAUGGUCAUAUAUGCAGUGCUAGUACAAUACAAGGUGAAUGGCUUCGUCAAAGUAAAUAUAUCUAUGGUGUAAUUACAAUAGUUUUCCAGUAUUGUUUACCUUUAACAUUGGUCAGUUAUGCAUAUAUACGUAUAUGUCAACGAAUACGCCAACGACAAUUCAGAGAAGUACGACAACGCACUGCAAUUAUAAUCACAUCUGAAUUAAUAACAGCAAAUCAAAGAGAUUUCGUAGAAAUUGAACCAGACUGUUGUAAUAGUGGAAAUACACUGAAACCAGAUAACAGAAAAUGA